AUGAGUGGUGGAUUACGCUCAAAAACUGCCGUUGGAAAUCAACCCAAAAUAUGUGUCGCGGAUCCGGUCGAAUCGGGACCAAUUAUCGCCUCUCGAAUAGUCGGUAAAACCGCAGGAUCGACUGGGAUGAGCGCGCAACAACAACCACGAACGGAAAUUCACAUACGUGGUCAAGCCAAGCCGAAUGACGGUUUCGUGCGGCCCACGUCACAGUCUUCCGCACGAACCCAAUCGGUCAGUUCGAUAACCGAUCGAAAUCUGAAAAAGUCCUCCAGUUAUCAGAAUCUAAAAGUCACGUCAACCAGUAAGGCACAUGGGAAUCCGUCUAACGUGGACUUACAAAACGGGAAAUCCACGAAACGCACUCAGUUGCAAUCGUCCAAAAAGCAUCAUGGAAGUGCUGCAAACCUGCCCGAUGCGUGUACAAAUAAUCAGGCCAGUUCCAGUUCCGAAUCCAGAUUUCAAUCGCAUCUAACCAGUUUCGACAGUCAACGGUCGCAUCGGAUUUCGGUUAACAGUGAUCUGCUUUCGCGUGUAGAGAAGGAAAAGAAACAGUAUGAGGCUCGUAUCUCGGAACUCACUCAGGUUACCGAAACCCGUAAGAUGGAAAUAGAAAAACUUACUUUCGAGGUUCGACGAGCCAAAGAGGAAUUGGCUAAAGCCACACAACUGGUUGAAGAAGCUCGCCAGGAAGCGAAUCAGAUGAGAGAACAGCUCAAAAAUGUGGACAACGGCUGUCCCCGAGACGGUGAUCAGCCAAACACAAACAGCCCGACACAAGGGGAAAAAGCCACACAAAUUCCUCUCAACACAAUUCGCAAGCCUGUCUCUGUGCCACAUUCUCCGCCAGAAUCGCUUGGGACCACCACUCGGCUCACUCCAGGAGGUGCCACUACUGGUAUCACUGGCACGGUCACUGUGAGUUCCGUUUCCAGUGAUUUCAAUGAGCCGACAUUUUUGGAUCUGGGCAAUAUUGAUAAUGCUGCGGACUAUGCGUCCCGAUUUCGUACCGGUGUUAUGUCCAAAAUGGAAAUCAACAAGCGUCCAGUUCCGUCCUCGGGAGUUUUUGUGGCCACUUUACAAGGUCGUUUGUUGCAGAUGGAAGAAGCCAACUAUACCACAAAUGAGGAGUUACAAGCUACACUACAAGAGUUGUGGGAUUUGCAAAGAAGUGUUGACGAGGCACACGAAGAGGCGCAUAGUCUGGCGUUUGAACGGGCCAUCCUAUUGGAAGCGUUGUCCACACAGACAACUAAAUUGGAACAUUGUCGUUUUCAGAUUGAACAGCUCAAACAUUUACUCCUGACCGAUCGUCGGGCACAGGCGACCGGUUCGCGAGAGAAUCAUUUCUGCGAGUUGUACGCCUCGAUUGAACAGGAAAAGCAAGUACUACUCACCCAGAACAACGAUUUGGCUCAGAGCAGCGAUAGUUUGGCUCGCGAGUGCCGUAUUCUGACCGAGAAAGCAGCUCAGUUGCAGGAUAAUUUCGACGCUUUGGAGGCGGAACAUGCUUCACUGAAAAUGGCCUACGAUACCGUUUCAUCGGAGCUUAAAACCCUAAAAAUCAAGUACAAUGUGGAUGGAGCCACGGAACUGUUCUGCUUAUCAGACUUGCCCCAGGGUGUGUAUACGGCAGAGAAGAAUGGCACGACCGAAUGUGUACCAACUGAUAAACAAAUACUGUGCUCCGUGUGUAAUAACGAAAUUUCUUCGGACGACCGUUCCAAACUAUCGGAAUUGACCAAGGAACUUGCUGAUCUGCAGGAAAAAUACGAACUACUUCAGGCCGAACGAGAACGGGAAACGACCGAAUGGCGUCUAUAUGAACGGGAUCUGUUGAAAACCGUUCAGGUUGCCGAUGGCAUCAAGUCUGAAUCGGAGGCUGAAGCUGGACGACUUGCGUUGGAGAACGACUCGCUUCGAGAACAGGUAUGUGUGUGUGUGUCGAAGUAUGAUUAA